AUAAAAUUGUUUUCAAUUAUUUAACCGUCGUAAGUUGCCCCAUUGAGGUCUGUUAUCGUUAUGAUUAAUAAUUGUAGGUAAAAGCAUUGUAUCAGGUAAUAAAUUUGAAAUAUACCUUUUAGUAUAUAUUUAGGGCUAUUUAUUUGGUUUACUUUUUCAGAAUAAAAUUCCAUAACUGAUAACCGUCUGAAUAUCGGUCAACACUCGACCUUAAAAAAAGGAAACGGUUUAUUAAGUCUAAUAAGAUUAUAAAGGCAUUUACUAAAUAAUACGCGAUAAUACGAAAAGGCCACUAUAUUUAGCAUCUCGUUUUGAUAAUAAUAAUUCCUCCUCCUUUAAUGACUUAUUACCCUGAGAACGUAUCUUCCCAUUAGGCAUUUCAUUGCCGUGUUGUUACAGUUGCUUUUCUUAUCUUAAUCAAAGAAAAUUUUGUUCAGUUUAAGUAUAAUACACGUUGGUUUCUUAUCUAUUUAGUGAGCUCACUUGAAUUAUCUUUUCUUGUCAAAUGAUUGAUAAUUACCUUGCAAUAUUGACGAUUAAUUAAUCGAGCGGGAAGCAGAGUUAUUUGUAGAACUAUUGUAGAAUAAAAUAACAUGUGUACGGGGAAAAGUGACUAUUAUUGCUGGAAUUUGUGACAGAGAAGAUAUUAAAUCCAGCAGUCAUGGCAGAGUCUAGCAAAUCCAUGGAAGCAAAUGCUUCUGUGCCGGGCUCCACUCAAAAUGUGGGCCUUAAAAGAGAACUGGGGCUUUUCUCAGCGAUCAAUUUAAUCCUAGCAGUGAUGAUCGGUUCAGGAAUUUUCGUUUCACCCGCUUCUGCCCUUUAUCAUAGCGGAUCCGUGGGAAUGUGUAUUAUAGUCUGGACUGUUUGCGGAUUGGUUUCAUUAUUAGGUGCCUUAGCGUUUGCUGAACUAGGUACCGUUGUACCUAGGUCGGGAGCUGAAUACGCUUAUUUUAUGGAUGCUUUUGGUCCUCUACAUAGUUUUUGGGGUCACUUGCCCGCGUUUUUAUACUCAUGGCUUAUGGUGAUAAUCAUUCGCCCAGCUGAAAUUGCUGUGAUAGUUCUUACAUUUUCCGAAUACCUUUGCCAACCAUUGAUGGAUCUUUUUUGUGCACCCGACGAAUACACUAGCCAACAGCUAACUAAAGCGGUGGCACUUGUGGCUUUAGGUAUUAUAACUUAUAUUAAUGUAAGCAGCGUGAAACUUUAUGUUAAAGUUCAGAAUAUAUUUGGAUCGUUUAAGGUCCUUGCAUGCCUUGUGGUCAUUUUUGGGGGAGUUUAUGAGUUAUGUGUUGGAAACACCGAGAACUUAUCUAAGGGCUUCCAGGGUACCAGUUAUGCCCCCCAAGAUAUAGCGUUAGCAUUCUACCAUGGCCUAUGGGCCUAUGAUGGAUGGUCAGCUGUCACGACUGUAACUGAAGAAAUUAAGCAACCUGAGAAGAACAUUCCUAGGAGUAUUAUGAUUAGUGUACCUAUCGUAACGGCCUUAUAUGUUUUUAUGAAUGUGGCUUAUAUGACUGUGCUUUCUAUACCUGAAAUGGUUAAGGCGAAUGCCGUAGCUGUCACUUUUGGAGAAAGAGUAUUGGGACCCUGUGCCUUUGUGAUACCUUUGGGAGUAGCUCUAAGUACUUUCGGUUGUGCUUUAAGUAUCCAGUUCGGUGUAACUAGAUUAUGUUAUGUCGCAGGUCAAGACGGAUUCAUGCUUGAAGGUUUCUCCUACGUCCAUUAUAAAAGACUGACCCCUUCUCCGGCGGUGGUCUUCCAAGGGAUAAUCGCCUUUUUAUUUAUUAUAAGUGGUGAUAUCGUUGAGCUAAUCCAGUUUGCUAGUUUCUUGAUAUGGCUCAGUUACGGAACCGCGAUGCUUGCUUUACUUGUGCUGAGAAAAACUAAAAAAGAUGUGCCUAGACCAUACAAAGUUCCAACUUGGAUUCCAGUUUUUAUCUUAAUGGUAGCUAUAUAUUUAGUAAUAACCCCGAUAGUAACACAUCCUGACAGAAUGUACCUUUUUGCACUUGUUUUCACUCUUUCGGGAGUACCUGUAUAUUACUGGUGUAUUUGUAAAGGACAUAGGCCUAAAACUAUUAUGAAUAAGCUUACCUACUUUCUUCAAGUGUUGUUUGAAGCUGUGCCUCCUCAUACGAAGAGUCAAUAAUAAAAUGAAGACAAUUUAUAAAGUUAAUAAAUUUUUGGACAAUUUUAAAACUUUUACUAAGUAUUAUACAAUAUUUAUUAUAAAA